UUCAAGUUAAUGUAAGUGUGGCUGUGUGUGUGUGUUGCAGAAAAUUGUAAUCGAAUUAAAAGUUGAAAUUAUUAUACCAAAUUACAAGGAACAAACGUGCUGGCCGCUUAAUUAGUUAACUGUUAUGGCCAAUCGCACGCGCAACAACACGACCAAGGUCGAAGCUCUCAUAGAGAGCUGCCGCAGCGAGGGUAAAUGGCAGCGCGUCAUCGAGCUGACGGACGAGCUGAAAACGGGAUCGCCACAUAACGAGUGCUUGGCAAAUUUCUUGAUAGGCGAGGCUCGGCUGGAAAGCUACCUGGAAGAGCAUGCCGUGGCCGCCGAGUCGACCUUUGGACGAGCCAAAAAUGGCUUGGCGGAGGCGAGGCGUUAUCUAAAUCUUGCCUUGGGCGAGAGUGGCCAAAAGGCGGGCAUUGCCUUGGAUGCGUAUUUGCUGCUGGCUAAGCUCUGCUACGCCUGCGGCGAGUACGAGCAGAGUCUGGAGAACUUCAUUAAGGCGGAGUUGAAUACGCUAGCCGAGAAGGAGCUGACACUGCGCAGCUUGAAGAUCCUGGCUGAAUCGUACGCUAUUAAGGGCCUUUGCUUGGAGCAGCAGGCGCACAAGCCCACGUCCAAGUUCAAGAAAGCCGAAAAGGAUACGGAAAUGAUUUGCUGCUUUGAGCGCGCCUCGGACUUGGGUCUGCUCUACCUGCAGGAGUACGACAUCGUGAGUGGAAGCAACAGCUCCUCAAACAAUUCCACUACCGGCUCCACACUUAACGUGAAUGCCGGGGUGCAGCAGUCGUCGAGCAGCUUCGCCAUCAGCAGCACCAUUCCGAGCAGCAGCGCAACCCUAGAAGUCAAUCGCCGCAUGGGCGCCAUCCUGGAGACGGCGCUGCAGCGAGCGCCCAUCGUCCUGAUUAAGGCGGGCAAGCUGCAAGUGGCCGUGGAGAGAUAUCGCAUUAUGCUGAAUGCCAUUGAGACGCGUGCGACGCAAUCGUUGCGCCUGACGCUGGCCCGGCAGCUGGCUGAGGUGCUGCUCCGUGGCGUGUCGGGCACAAUCUACACGCCUCCGUUCACCACCAAGUCGGGUGGCAGCACCUUGCGUGGCGGCGGGGCAGCCAAGCGGCUGUGGAAGCCACGCAAGUACGCGGCCAGGCAGCAAUUCACGCCGCGCAAUCAGCAGGAGGAAGUGAUCCUGCUGCUGCUCAUUGCCGAGGCUCUGGCUGUGCGGGACACCGUGCUGUCGCAGAGUCCGGAAUUCAAGCAGGCGCGACAGCACGCCAUGGGCAAUGUGACCGCCGUCUACGAUCUGCUGGCGCUGGCCACGAUCCGCUGGGGUCUGGUGCAGCUGCUCAACGAGUCCUUCGAAAAGGCGCUCAAGUUCAGCUUUGGCGAGCAGCACAUCUGGCGGCAAUACGGGCUGAGCCUGAUGGCCGCGGAGAAGCACGCGUACGCGCUGCGCGUGCUGCAGGAGUCGAUGAAGCUGACGCCGGGCGAUCCGCUGCCCUGCCUGCUGGCCUCGCGCAUCUGCUACGAGAGUCUGGAGACUGUGAAGCAGGGGCUGGACUAUGCGCAGCAAGCGCUCAAGCGGGAAGUGAAGGGUCUUCGUCCGUCCCGGAGCCAGCUCUUUGUGGGCAUUGGAUACCAGCAGCUGGCCAUUCAGGCCACGCUGAAGAGCGAUCGCGACAGCUACAAUAAAUUGGCUCUGGAGGCCUUGGAGCGCGCCGUUCAGCACGAUGGCAACGAUCACCUGGCCGAGUACUACCUGUCGCUGCAAUACGCGCUCCUCAAUCAGUUGGGCGAGGCUCUGAGCCACAUUCGCUUCGCCUUGGCGCUGCGCAUGGAGCAUGCGCCCUGCCUGCAUCUGUUCGCUCUGCUGCUGACGGCCUCGAGACGUCCGCGCGAGGCGCUGGGCGUGGUGGAGGACGCGCUGCACGAGUUUCCCGACAAUCUGCAGCUGCUGCAUGUGAAGGCGCAUCUCCAACUGAAUCUGGAAGACGCCGAGACGGCGCUGUCCACGGUGCAGCACAUGCUCGCCGUCUGGCGGGACCUGUACGAGGCGCAGCUGGCGGGCGAGGAGGAGAAGCAUUCGGAUACCAAGAGUGGCAUCCACCUGAUUCACUCUUCGCAAAUGUCCGACAAGGAUUCGAAUUCCGUCUACGCUGCCUCGCUGGCCGCAGUCUCGCGCGUAGAACAGGCGCUCAGUGAGGCGGCUAGCUCGCUGAGCUCGUUCACCCAGAGGCCGGGGCCGCGCCGUCCCUGGAUGCUGCAGAUCGAGAUCUGGCUGCUGCUCGCCGAUGUCUAUAUGCGCAUCGACCAACCGAACGAGGCGCUCAAUUGCAUACACGAAGCCACGCAAAUAUAUCCGCUCUCGCAUCAAAUUAUGUUCAUGCGCGGUCAGGUGCAUGUUUAUUUGGAGCAGUGGCUGGAUGCGAAGCAAUGCUUUCUGAAUGCCGUUGCCGCCAAUCCGAAUCAUACCGAAGCUCUGCGCGCUCUAGGCGAGACGCAUUUAAUACUGGGCGAGCCGCGGCUGGCUGAGAAAAUGCUGAAGGAUGCCGCUAAAUUGGAUCCCAACUGUCCAAAGAUAUGGUUCUCGCUGGGCCAGGUUAUGGAAACACUAGGCGAUUACAAUUCAUCUGCUGACUGCUUUGCCACCUCGCUGCAGCUGGAGCCGUCUUGCCCGGUGCUUCCGUUCACCUCGAUACCUUUAGUUUUCGAAUAGGCAUUUCGCUUGA